AUGACUACAAAUACAAACCAAGAGAAUUUUCUCUUCACCGAUGAUAAUCGUAAUUUGCUACACUAUUCUUAUUUAGUCGAUAAGGUUAAUACUCGACUUGAUGAGUUACAUCAUACGGAACAACAAAUUAAUGAGCCCAUUGACAUUUGGUCCAACUUUAUUGAAGGAUCGGACCUUCCUCUAGUAAAUGAAGUAAACGUUUUGCCCGACAGCUUUAAUUCUGACAUCCCAAUAAUAGAAGUUGAAUCGGUUGAGUUCGAUUUAUAUCCUAAUCUCUCGAGCAAUAAUGAAGUGUCUCAGGGUGACCAAGAGAAUUUUUUUACCGAUAAUCAUCAUGAUCUGCUACGCAAUUUUUAUUUGGUCGAUGAGGUAAAUACUCGACUUGAUGAAUUGGAUCAACAAAAUAAUGAACACUUUGAUAUUUGGUCCGAUUUCAUCAGAGGAUCCGAUCUUCCUAUAGUAAAUGAAGAAACCGUUUUGCUCGAUUUAGAUCGUAGCUUUUAUUCUGAUAUCCCUUUGAUUCCGAUAUUCCAAUAA